UGAACUAUAUAAUUAUUACAAAACCCUAGAUUUGAUCUAAUCCAGUCAGUCGGUGACGGCAAGGCAAAAGAGAAUCCAUGGCGGAACACUUGGCAUCUAUAUUCGGUACAGAGAAGGACAGAGUCAAUUGCCCUUUCUACUUCAAGAUCGGGGCCUGCAGGCAUGGCGAUCGCUGCUCACGGCUUCACACGAAACCUACCAUCAGCCCCACCCUUCUCCUCUCCAACAUGUAUCAGCGUCCCGAUAUGCUUGCAUCUGGCACAAUCGAUCCCCAGGCACAGACCAACCUCGAUCCCCGCAAGAUCCAGGAUCACUUCGAGGAUUUCUAUGAGGAUUUGUUUGAGGAGCUGAGAAAGUAUGGUGACAUUGAGAGUUUGAACAUCUGUGAUAAUUUGUCUGACCACAUGGUUGGGAAUGUUUAUGUCCAGUUUCGUGAGGAAGACCAUGCUGCAAGCGCUCUUCAAAAUUUGAGUGGAAGGUUCUAUGCAGGGCGUCCAAUCAUUGUGGACUUCUCUCCAGUUACAGAUUUUCGUGAAGCCACAUGUAGACAAUACGAGGAGAAUGUAUGCAAUCGUGGUGGCCUAUGCAACUUCAUGCAUCUGAAGAAGAUUAGCAGGGAACUGAGGACACAGUUAUUUGGGAGAAACAGGCGAAGACGCAGCAGGUCUCGUAGUAGAAGCAAUAGUCCACAUAGGCACCGUGGUUAUAUGGACCGUGGCCGUGGUGGCCGUGGAUAUGGUCGAAGAGAUGAUUACAGAGAUAAUAGGUACCAUGAGAAAGGUAGGAGGCCAAGAAGCCGGAGUCCAGGACAUAGGGGUAGACGAAGCAGAAGCCCUGGGGCAAGGAGGAAUAGGAGUCCAAUUAGGGAGAAUAGUGAGGAAAGAAGGGCCAAGAUUGAGCAAUGGAACAGGGAAAGGGAGCAACCAGAACCUGCUGAUAAAAUUGACGAUACUUACGAUGAUAAUGACCCGAAUGGCAGCGAGUUUGCAAGGAAUGGUGGUUUUGUUGAUAAUCCUACGCAGCAAUAGCAGCAUUGCGAUACUCGUACUGGCAUGAUCAGAAUUCUAUGGUGGAGUACAGGUCCACUGUCGUGUUAUUGAUAGUAAAACUCUGUUUUAUGCCUCUUAUUUCUCCAUCAUUCCCUUAAUUAAGGGGAAAGCAUUUAGGAUUUGGCUGCUAUAAUGCUUUCUUUUCCUUAGUAGACUGCGAGUUUUCCUCAUUGUUGUCUUUUUUUAGAAAUUAUUUGUGGUAAUUGAUAGGUGAUAUCUAUUGCUUUGUGAAAAACCAUAUUAGGCAUAUAUAGUGGUCCACUUCGUAAAAAUGGUUACCUCAGGGGCAUACUUCACCUGUUUCAUUGGCUAUUGAAGCCAAGGAAAGAGAACUCCCAAAAUUGGUGCCUUUUGUAUUGUACUAUGGUAGGUCCUUGAAUAUGUGCUUUUACGACUAUUAAAUUACAUUAUUUCACCAGUCUUUUCACCAAUAUUUAAUCCUAUAGGAAUUUUUUGUCUUAUGAAAAUUCUUCAUUGUUGGAAUUUUAGUGAAUUUCCUAUGGCAGAGAUGCUUCCUUCGAAUUUUUCUUCUUUUAGUUGGCUUCAGCUUUGUCUCCCUCUUUCUUGUAACAAUCAUUUUGGGGCUCUUAGCUUAGUUUAGCCUAUUUGUAGUCUAUGUUUGCACCUUGUUGGUACUUUAACAAAAAAUUUACCAUGCAAAAAGGCUGUUUCCAUUGUGAAUUUGUUACUAGCAUUCUUGUCUCUUAGUUUGCAUGAAAUGUUGAGGAAUUUUCAUUGAGAUGGAGCACCUUUUCUGUCUCCUGGUAGAUAUGGAGAGGUUAUUCUUGGUCAAUUUUCUUUGGUAGUUGUGAUCUUACGGACUUCACGAGUUUUGCAGGUUCAGGCUUUAUUGCUUUCAUGGAUCGGGCCUCAACUUUUUAUGUCUGCUCACCUUGAUAUUUAUAUACAGGUUGGAUAUCGUAUGCAGAGCAUAUUUGCAGGACUUUGAUGUAAUGUAGUGGAAAUGUUGAGGAAGCUCCGACAGGGAAAUUAGCUGAAGAACACUUAACUUGGUGAAAUCGUUCAGAUAAAGAGUACUGAAAAGCAGCCAGCAAUUCAACUCUGUUGGUUUGGAAGACUUUUUUCCCCUACUACUCCCCCUUACCCCUUUUGUCAGGAACUGCACUCUCUAUGUUUUUUUUCUAUUUGGAUGUGUUAAUUCUAUCCUUGCUACUAUGAGGUUUUAAAUUAAAUAUGCAGCUUGUCUGGAAUUGAUUUUCAA